GAGCAGGGGAGAGGAGAGACUAGAGGAGAGGAACUUUUCACCAUAGGUUAGAAGUUUCUUUCAGUCAGGAAAGUCUAUAGGCUAUUAAAAAUCAUAUUGUUCUCCCCUCACCAUUACCCCACAAAGCCUACCCCAUCUUCUGCCAAGGUGAUGCAAAAAUGGCUUAGUCAUUUCCAAGCCUGUUUUUCCUUUUUCUUUCUUUCUCCCAAGCAGCAAUCCACUCCAGAGCUCCCUAUUCCAAACAGAAAAUAAACACAGGAAAGGAAAGCACUCCUUAGUUGGCAUCUUUAAAAGAUGCCAGAUUUAAUCUGCCACUUGCUUAUUUUUGAAACAAGAGCUAUACAAAUCAGGCGAGUUCAAGAAAAAUCUGUCUAGUAGCUGAAAUGUUCCACCUGGAUUCAUAGCGGUAAAGAAGGAAUGAAACUUAUUUGUUGUCUGUGUAUCUGUCUCCAGAGAUGGAGGAUUCGGGGAUCCAGCGAGGCAUCUGGGAUGGAGAUGCCAAGGCUGUCCAACAAUGUCUGACAGAUAUUUUUACCAGCGUUUAUACCACCUGCGACAUCCCGGAGAAUGCUAUAUUUGGCCCCUGCGUCCUGAGCCACACUUCCUUGUACGACAGUAUAGCUUUCAUAGCCCUUAAGUCUACCGACAAGAGAACAGUUCCUUAUAUCUUCCGGGUGGACACAUCAGCAGCAAAUGGUUCCUCAGAAGGUCUCAUGUGGCUGCGUCUGGUCCAAUCAGCCAGAGAUAAAGAAGAACAGAACCUUGAAGCCUAUAUCAAAAACGGACAGCUAUUUUACCGCUCCCUCCGCAGAAUUGCCAAAGACGAAGAGUUACUUGUUUGGUACGGGAAAGAACUGACUGAGUUACUCUUGCUCUGCCCCUCUAGAUCCCACAACAAAAUGAAUGGGUCGUCCCCUUACACAUGCCUGGAAUGCAGUCAGCGUUUCCAGUUUGAGUUCCCCUAUGUGGCGCAUCUGCGCUUCCGCUGCCCCAAGAGACUGCAUAGCGCUGAUCUGAGCCCCCAAGACGAACAAGGCGGCGGCGUGGGCACCAAAGACCACGGGGGCGGCGGCGGCAGCGGCAAAGACCAGCAGCAGCAGCAACAGGAGACACCCUUGGGCCCGGGCCCCAAGUUCUGCAAAGCCGGCCCCAUCCACCACUACCCGGCACCCUCCCCAGAGAGCAGUAACCAGUCGGCCGCCGGCGGCGGCACUGCGAAGCCAUCCACGGACUUCCACAACCUGGCCCGGGAGCUGGAAAACUCCCGGGGAGGCAGCAGCUGCUCCCCAUCCCGGAGCCUCAGCAGCGGCAGCAGCAGCAGCGGCCACCAGGAGGCAGAGCUGAGUCCCGACGGCAACACCCCAGGCGGCGGCAAAGGGAAGAGGAAGUUCCCGGACGAGGCAGCGGAGGGCGGCAGCGUGGGGCUGGUGGGGAGCCGGGGGCGCUUUGCCGAGCGGCCCGCACCAGCCUCCAAGGAGGACCUGGUGUGCACGCCGCAGCAGUACCGCGCCUCCGGCAGCUACUUUGGCCUGGAAGAGAACGGCCGCCUCUUCGCGCCGCCCAGCCCCGAGACGGGCGAGGCCAAGCGCAGCGCCUUCGUGGAGGUGAAGAAGGCGGCACGCGCGGCAGGCCUGCAGGAGGAGGGCGGCGGGCAAGGCACCGCGUCGGACGAGCGCAAAAGCGCUUUCUCGCAGCCGGCGCGCUCCUUCUCGCAGCUGUCCCCGCUGGUACUGGGCCAGAAGUUGGGCGCGCUCGAGACGUGCCACCCCGGCGACGGCGUGGGCCCCACCCGACUCUAUCCCGCCGCCACCGACCCUCUGGCUGUGAAGCUGCAGGGGGCAGCGGACCUGAACGGGGCCUGCGGGGCCCUGCAGAGCAGCGGCGGAGGCUUGCCCAAGCAGAGCCCCUUCCUCUACGCCACCGCCUUCUGGCCCAAGAGCUCUGCGGCGGCUGCGGGGCCCCUGCAGCUGCAGCUGCCCUCGGCACUCACGUUGCUGCCGCCUUCCUUCACCUCCCUGUGUCUGCCGGCGCAGAACUGGUGCGCCAAGUGCAACGCCUCUUUCCGCAUGACCUCCGACCUGGUGUACCACAUGAGGUCGCACCACAAAAAAGAGUACGCUCUGGAGCCCUUGGUGAAACGGCGGCGGGAGGAGAAGCUGAAGUGUCCCAUUUGUAACGAGUCUUUCAGGGAGCGCCACCACCUCUCCAGGCACAUGACCUCGCAUAACUGACAUGGAAAGGACCCCGGCUUUCCACGCGCGCACACGCACAGUCAAGCCACCUGCAGGAACGAACACAGGACGACAUCCACCACAAAUUUGAGCCCUGAAACACUCCAUUCAGACGCACACACGCGCGCGCACACACACACACACACGGCUUUCUCAUUCAAAUGAUUACCCA